CAAGUGGGUUAUUGGUGUUGAUAAACAAAGAAUUUUAAUAAAACGGUUGCUAAAAAGUUAUUUAUUAAUCGUCGGCAUUAUCUGUCGACGUCUUAUCAAUAUAAAAUUUCAAAAUAUUUCGGAACGGUGAUAAAAAAUUGGCAAUUACGGCGGAGUGUCAAAACAAGAGUGACAACGUCGAACGUGACGUUGAGGUUAUGGACAACUUUGUCAAGAUUGAAAAAAUAGGGGAAGGGACUUAUGGGGUGGUUUAUAAAGCCAAAGAUAAGUUAACUGGAAAGCUGGUGGCGCUUAAAAAGAUUCGUCUUGAGACGGAAAGUGAGGGUGUUCCAUCCACUGCUAUUCGGGAAAUAUCAUUAUUAAAAGAACUUACACAUCCAAAUAUUGUUCAGUUAUUUGAUGUGGUAGAUGGUGACAACCAUCUUUAUCUUGUUUUUGAAUUCUUACAACAAGAUUUAAAAAAAUUAUUAGAUUCUGUUAAAGGAGGAUUAGAUCAAGCUCUUGUUAAGAGCUAUUUGUAUCAAUUAUUGAAAGCAAUUUCCUUCUGCCAUCUUCAUUGCAUUUUACACAGAGAUCUAAAACCACAGAAUCUGUUAAUAGAUCGGGAAGGCCACAUAAAAUUAGCAGAUUUUGGAUUAGCCAGAACAUUUGGUGUUCCUGUCCGAACAUAUACUCAUGAAAUAGUAACCCUUUGGUACCGAGCACCAGAAAUACUUUUAGGAACUAAAUUGUAUUCCAAUGCUGUAGAUGUUUGGAGUCUAGGUUGUAUAUUUGCAGAGAUGGCAACUAGGAGAGCUUUGUUCCCAGGUGAUUCGGAAAUAGAUCAGCUCUUCAGGAUAUUCCGCACAUUAGGUACACCUGAUGAGACUAUUUGGCCAGGAGUGUCACAGCUACGUGAUUAUACAUCAAUGUUUCCAAGGUGGGAACCUCGAUCUUUAGAUGAAGUUGUACCUUCCUUUGAUUCUGAUGCCAAAGAUUUGCUUUUGAAACUCUUGACUUAUGAUCCUAACCAGAGGAUAACAGCAAAGAAAGGUUUAAGCCAUCCUUAUUUUACUGGAGUUACUUUAGUUCCACCACCACUGCCAAAGAAAACUUGAUUUAGAUAUAUUAUUUUUUAAUGUACUGUGUAUUUUGUAAUUCUUCAUUACAAUA